UGUAGCCCAGAAACCCCCUUUGAGGUGUGCCCUUCCUUAAACCAUUGUAUCUGCUCCCUGGUUUUCUUUUUCUGUUAAAAAGGAAACCACCAACGGCUGUGGGGUUAGGGUUCCUUUCUUGCUUUGAAAGAGGAAGACAGGGGCGCAAGACAUAGGAGGUGGGGAAGGGACACUCUGAAAGCACAAACUUAAAGCUACUUAAUGUGGACUAGUUACUGCUGAACACCUUUUUAACACCCUACCCAAACCACAAAUUAGGAUGGUGGAAAUUUCCUACAGAUACAAGGCAAACUGAUUAUUUGCAGUUGGAUUCUAAUCCUCACUAGUGACUGUGAGAAGCAGGGUAACCAUCAUUAUUCUGAUUAACUGACAAAGAGUAGAUCCUCUGUAGAUCCUGUUAGAACAGCCCCAGUGACUUAUCCCUAAAAAAGAAAGGUGCAGGGGCGCCAGCUGCCCUGGUAGUCAGGCCCUCUGCUCUGGUUCUGGUCCUCCCCACCCCCACCCCCACUACACACACACACACACCACAUAUAGAACUUAACCAGUGGCUGUGGCUGCCUGCACACUAAUUCCUUCAAAAGCAGCAAGACCAUUUUGUCUUGGUGUGGUUUGAAAUAAAUCUGUACCCAGGUGUACACAUCUUUAUUGUUUGAUGGAAGCUGGUGCAGAAUUCAGCUGCCAGAUUAUUGACCAAGGGACAGAAACAGCAAGCAAUGAAGACCCUGGAUAUGAGCCUAGACAUGAAGACAUGUGCGCUCAGCUGCAAGAAGGUUUUGAAGCGGCUGCGGAUAUACCGGAACAUGAGGAAACAGAACACAAGCGUGCAAAUGUUGACCCAGCCAUACACAACCAAACAGCGACACUGUCUCCAGCAGUGCGUCUUGCGGAACUACGACGUAAGAAGCUGAAAGGAAGCAGAACCAACAUGCUACUCAUGUCAAUACUGGAAGAGGCCAAAGAGGACACCACUCGGAGAGAGAGAGCGGCAGCAAGUGAACAUGCCAACUUCAUGAUGCUAAUGAGGGAAAGCAACAACCUAUCGCGUCAACGACUUUCCAAGAUGGACGAGAGAGCUGCACAGAGCAUGCUGGACAGAGACAUGUACUUGGAGAGAAUGGAUGGCAUCGUCUCGACAGUAAGUGUCCUUGCGUCCAGUCUGCAAACACUGACCCACAGUUACCUGGAACAACACAAUGCUUCUGCAAGCGGUGUCAGUGUAGGUGGGAAUGGUGGGAGACACACAACAGAAACCAGUAGUGUGCCACUGCAGCAUCAUACAGACCCGUCCUCUGCCCAUAACACCAAUGCUAGUGGGAAGAGGAAAAGACCAAGCAAGGCCACUGGGAAGGAAAACAAGGGGCACCCCUUAAGUCCAACAAGACCUUCUGCCCAGGCAAACACCACAAGGCAACAGUGUUUUCAUUUGCCACCUUCUCCUGACAACCGCAUGUAUUCCAGUGCCUUGUCUGACGACGAGACAGUGAUUGAUGCGGAGAAAUUGUCUUCAGUGUCGCAAAUCAGGCAAUCUCCAAGUCCCGUCAGUGGCAGUGUCAACAAACAUUGCACUGAAGUGUGUGCAUCGCAGUUGGUGGCCCCAUCAAUCGCACCACUUAUGUUGACCCCACACUUUUCGCGCAGCGCAAGACGUGUAAGAAAGCCAAAGCCAUACAGCCCCUAGUUUUCCUUUUUCUUAAAAUGCUUGGCGACAGGAAAAGCAAUGUUUUGCGGGUUUGAAUUGCUGGCAGCCUCUGAUCGAUUGAUGCAAUGGUAAUGGUCUUGGUUUUCUUCACGAGCUGCUCAGGACAGUUGAGGCGAAUUUCCAUCCAGUCAAUGAAGUUCACAACACUAUGGGGAUAUGGUGUAGUAACCUUCACUUGGUUUCUGUCAAGGGGAGCCUGGUCCAUGGCCACAGACUGCUCCUGUAUCUGAAGGAGAUGAGAAACUCAUGAAAGUGCUGGUGUUGAUGAAAGAUUGCAUAGGGAAAGUCCAAGCGGUGUCGUUCUGACUUCCCCCUGCUGAACUUGAACAGAAACUGAAGACCUGUUCUUUGGCCUACAAGAGGUCUUUGGUAUCUUUCAAGGUUGGGCAGGGGGAAGAUGAAAUUCCACCGUCUGGUUUCUCUGUAUGCACUCUUGACAGAACACCUGCACUUGCCCAACUUUAUCUUUAUGUUCUCCUUCAGAUACAGGAUCAGUCUCAGGCCAUGGAGCAGGCCACCCCACUUGUCUUACAGUUAGUCAUAUAACAUGUGAUGUGGUUCUGUAAGUGCAUCAUUUUCUCAGGGGAGCAUUCACCCACAAUAUAAGCAGAACUACACCCGGCAAAGCGUUACAUGUGCCACCACAGCACAAUUAAUACAAUGAUGCAAUGGGCAUUUUCGAUGAUUGGUGUAUAGGGUUGGAUGGUUGGUGUAUUGGAUGGUUGGUGUAUAGUUUUUUGCACAUAAUAAAGGGAGUGUUCCUUUUUUCAAAUGCAGUAUUACUUUCACUGAUUGGAAUAACAGAGCACCUCAAAUCACAACAUUUGGGGCAGUAUAAUAAACAAAGGCAACAUAGAUGCUCUAAUGAACCUUACUCGUGUUUUGGACUGAUAGAUACACAACAUGAACUACCUGGA